GUGAGGGGGUUGGGUUAGAGCGCGCAGCGUGCCAGCGGCGGCAUAUCACACACGUACAGCGCGCGGAUGGAGCCGCCAGUCUGUGCGCCUCCGACAGACGAGGAAGCCGCCGCCGCCGCCGCCGCCGCGGGUCUGAUCCAGUGCGAGUCCGCGCCAGGGCGCACGGUGCGCCGCGCAUAACGAAGCCGGAGGACCGCCGUCCGUGCGCUGACACUCUCCGCCGCCGCCGCCGCUUCACACGGGGGGAAGUUUUACGCGCAGAAUCCGACGCCAGCACUCCCGCACUUUGAAUGAAUGACGCCGCAGACACGCGGGUCCUCUCCACGCAUCGGAGCCUUGAAUGAGACAUUUUUUGUGUGGUUGGAGUCUAUCAGGAGCGGAGCCGGGAGAAGUGGACGCAGAGAAACAUGUGAAAACUCCUGUGAAUCCUCGGCCUGCAAGUUAGAGAAGAAAAAGGCACUCACCUCCACUCUUCCUCACAUCCGUUCUCCCUGCUUACUCAGCAGUUUCCUUGCAGGCCUGUCAAACAUGGAUGGGCAGCGGGCUACAGCGUCGUCUCCCUAUCGUACAUUUGGUGCAACUGCCGCUCUGCUGGGCCUCUGGCUUUUGGUAGUCCCAACUGAAUCGAGUGGGCAGACCUUCACCAGUUUCCACCCUGAAAGACGGGACUGGGUUUUUAACCACCUCACGGUUCACCAAUCCACCGGUUCUCUGUACAUUGGAGCAGUCAACCGGGUGUAUAAGUUGUCCGGCAACUUGACCCUCCUUGUUUCCCAUGACACAGGCCCAGAGGAUGACAACAAGGCCUGCUAUCCUCCUCUGAUUGUCCAGCCGUGCUCUGAGCCUCUUGUUUCGACCAGCAACGUUAACAAACUUCUCCUGAUUGACUAUUCCCAGAAUCGGCUGUUGGCCUGUGGCAGCCUCUAUCAGGGAGUUUGCAAACUCCUGCGGCUGGAUGACCUCUUUAUCCUUGUGGAACCCUCCCACAAAAAAGAGCACUACCUCUCGAGUGUCAACCAAACAGGGACCAUGUAUGGGGUCAUUGUGCCUUCACAGGGCCAAGAUGGCACCCUCUUCAUUGGUACGGCGGUUGAUGGCAAACAGGACUACUUCCCUACUAUUUCCAGUCGAAAGUUACCGCGGGAUCCGGAAUCCUCCGCCAUGCUCGACUAUGAAAUGCACACAGACUUUGUGUCGUCCCUCAUCAAGAUUCCGUCAGACACGCUGGCCUUGGUCUCCCACUUUGACAUCUACUAUGUUUACGGUUUUGCGAGUGGCAACUUUGUUUACUUCCUGACUGUCCAGCCGGAGAUCCCGGAGAACAGCAUGUCAUCUAGUGGAUCCAGCAACGACCUCUUCUACACUUCUCGCAUUGUCCGCCUCUGCAAGGACGACCGCAAGUUCCAUUCCUACGUCUCGCUGCCCAUCGGCUGCGUGAAGAACGGCGUUGAGUAUCGGCUCCUGCAGGCCGCCUACCUCGGCAAGCCGGGUCGCAUUCUCGCCGCCUCUCUAGGCAUCAGCGCCCAGGAUGACGUACUCUUCACCGUCUUCUCCAAGGGCCAAAAGCAAUUCCACCGACCGCCAGAUGACUCUGCGCUCUGCGUCUUCACCAUCCGGGAAAUCAACGCAAGAAUUAAGGAGCGCUUGCAGUCCUGCUACCAGGGGGAGGGAAACCUGGAGCUCAACUGGCUCCUUGGGAAGGAUGUGCACUGCACCAAAGCGCCGGUUCCCAUCGAUGACUCCUUCUGUGGUCUGGACAUCAACCAGCCGCUCGGCGGUUCUCAGCUGGUCACUGGCCACACGCUCUUCACUGAGACUCGGGACCGCAUGACGUCGGUGGUUUCCUACGUCUACAACGGCUACUGCGUCGCUUUUGUGGGCACAAAGAGUGGACGUCUGAAGAAGAUCCGUGUGGACGGACCGCCUCACGGCGGCGCCCAGUACGAGACGGUAUCGGUCAUAAAGGACGGCAGCCCGGUCCUCCGAGACAUGGCCUUCUCCCUGGACCGCAGCUACCUUUAUGUCAUGUCUGAGAGACAGGUCACUCAAGUCCCCAUCGAGUCGUGUGAGCAGUAUGAGACCUGUGGAGAGUGCCUGAGCUCCGGUGACCCCCACUGCGGCUGGUGUGUUCUCCACAACAUGUGCUCCCAGAGGAGUCGAUGCGAGCGCGCGGACGAGCCGUAUCGUUUCGCCGCCUCUCUUAACCAGUGCGUGAAGGCCGCCGUCUACCCGGACAGCAUCGCCGUGUCAGAACCCAGCGUGCCGCUGCUGGUAAAAGUGAGUGACGUUCCAGACCUCUCAGCCGGCAUCACCUGCUCUUUCGGUAACCUCACGGAGGUGGAGGGUCAAGUCAACGGCAACCAGAUCCUCUGCGUGUCUCCAGCAGCCAAGGACGUCCCUCUCAUCCCCACCGACCAAGACUGGUCUGGUGUGGAUCUGCGGCUCAACUCUAAAGAGACUGGCCAGAUGCUUAUCAGCACAGAGAUCAAGUUCUACAAUUGUAGUGUUCACCAGCUGUGUCUGUCAUGUGUGAACAGCGCCUUCCGCUGCCACUGGUGCAAAUACCGCAACCUGUGCACCCACGACCCCUCCAGCUGCUCCUUCCAGGAGGGUCGAGUCAACACCUCUGAGGACUGUCCCCAGCUGGUCCCGUCUGAGGAGAUUCUCAUCCCAGUUGGGGAGGUGAAGCCAAUAACCCUGAAGGCCAAGAACCUGCCACAGCCCCAGUCUGGCCAGCGAGGCUAUGAAUGCGUCCUUCACAUCCAGGGGGUCAGCCAUCGAGUCACGGCUCUCCGCUUCAACAGCUCCAGCGUGCAGUGCCAGAACAGCUCGUAUCUGUACGAGGGGAUGAAGAUCAGCGAGCUGCCCGUGGAGUUCUCUGUGGUGUGGAACGGCAACUUCAUUAUCGAUAACCCGGAGAACAUCAAAGUGCACCUGUACAAGUGCGCGGCCCAGCGGGACAGCUGCGGCAUGUGCCUGAAGGCGGACAGGAAGUUCCAGUGUGGCUGGUGCAGCGAGGAGGGGAGGUGCACGCUGCGGCACCACUGCCCCGCCAUCAACCCCUACACCACGCGCUGGCUCAACCUGUCCAGCAGGAACGUGAAGUGCACCAACCCGCGCAUCACAGAGGUGACCCCAGUGGCUGGACCACCUGAAGGAGGCACACGAGUGACCAUUCACGGCAUCAACCUCGGCCUGUCUUUCUCUGACAUGGAGGACAACGUGAAGGUAGCAGGAGUCCAGUGUACCCCCGUGGAGGAUGGAUACAUUAUCGCUGAACAGAUCGUCUGUGAGAUGGCGGCCGCCCCGGCGAGCAGCAGGCCCGGCCCGGUCCAGCUGUGCGUUGGGGAGUGCAAACCAGAGCUCAGCACCCGCUCCUCGCAUUUUUACUCCUUCGUGACCCCAACGGUGACGGGCCUGUCCCCCAGCCGGGGGCCCGAGUCUGGAGGCACCAAAGUGACCAUAAUGGGGGAAAACCUUGGCGCCGGCAGCAGCGUCAACGUUCAGUUUGGGAACCAGACCUGCGAGUUCUUCAGACGCACCACGACGGAGAUCGUGUGCUACUCCGCCCCCUCGUUGUCUGGCAUUGGCCCCGUCCAGAUCAGCGUCCGCGUGGAUAACGCCCGAAUCCGGGAGAGCCUCCCGUUCGAGUACAUCGAGGACCCCACCGUUCUGCGCAUCGAGCCUGACUGGAGCAUCGCAAGUGGAAACACCCCUCUGGUGGUAACUGGAACCAACCUGGAUGUGGUUCAGGAGCCGAGGAUCCGAGUGAAGUACUCCGGCCGCGAGUCCAUCAACGUCUGUAAGGUGCUGAACACCACCACCAUGAGCUGCUUUGCUCCCUCCCUCAUGGUGGAGUACCAACCGGGCUUGGACACGGUCAAACACGCAGACGAGUUCGGCUUCAUCUUCAACAACAUCCAGGCGCUGCUCGUCUACAACAACACCAACCUCCUCUACUACCCCAACCCUUAUUUUGAGCCCCUCAGCACCACAGGUGUCUUGGAGCAAAAACCAGGAUCUCCAAUCAUUCUCAAGGGCAGAAACCUGAUUCCUCCAGCAGCAGGAGGGGUGAAGCUCAACUACACAGUCCUGAUCGGAGAGACUCCCUGUUCCGUCACCGUAUCUGAGAGCCAGCUGCUGUGUGAGCCGCCCAACCUCACCGGACAAUACAAAGUGGUGGUUCAAGUGGGCGGCCUGAACGUUUCUCCUGGAGCCGUCCACAUCAUGUCUGACAGCCUGCUGACCCUUCCCGCCAUAGUUAGCAUCGCAGCAGGUGGCGGGCUCCUGCUCAUCAUCGUCAUCCUCGUCCUCAUCGCCUACAAGAGAAAGUCCCGUGAGAACGACCUCACCCUGAAGCGCCUGCAGAUGCAGAUGGACAACCUGGAGUCACGAGUUGCCCUGGAGUGCAAGGAAGCCUUCGCUGAGUUGCAGACCGAUAUCAACGAGCUCACCAGUGACCUGGACAGAGCUGGCAUCCCUCACCUGGACUACCGAACGUACGUCAUGAGAGUCCUCUUCCCCGGCAUCGAGGAUCAUCCGGUCCUCAGAGAGCUGGAGGUGUCGGGUAACGGGCAGCAGAGCGUGGAGAAGGCGCUGAAGCUCUUCGGCCAGCUCAUCAACAACAAAGUCUUCCUGCUCACCUUCAUCCGCACGCUGGAAAUGCAGCGCUCCUUCUCCAUGAGGGACCGCGGGAACGUGGCCUCGCUGAUCAUGACCGCCCUGCAGGGCCGGCUGGAGUACGCCACCGACGUCCUGAAGCACCUGCUGUCCGACCUGAUCGACCGCAACCUGGAGAGCAAGAACCACCCCAAACUACUGCUGCGCAGAACCGAAUCUGUGGCAGAGAAGAUGCUCACAAACUGGUUCGCCUUCCUCCUUCACAAAUUCCUCAAGGAGUGCGCGGGGGAGCCUCUGUUUAUGCUGUACUGCGCCAUCAAGCAGCAGAUGGAAAAGGGGCCCAUCGACGCCAUCACUGGAGAGGCCCGCUACUCCCUGAGCGAGGACAAGCUCAUCCGCCAGCAGAUCGAGUACAAAACCCUGAUCCUGAACUGCGUGAACCCCGACAACGAAAACAGUCCGGAGAUCGCGGUGAAAGUGCUGAACUGCGACACCAUCACCCAAGUGAAGGAGAAGAUCCUGGACGCCGUUUACAAGAACAUGCCUUACUCCCAGAGACCCCGCGCCGUCGACAUGGACCUGGAGUGGCGCCAGGGGCGAAUGGCUCGGGUGGUGUUGCAGGACGAAGACAUCACUACCAAGAUUGAAAACGACUGGAAGAGACUCAACACACUUUUGCACUACCAGGUGUCAGACCGCUCCGUGGUGGCUCUGGUGCCCAAGCAGACGUCCUCGUACAACAUCCCGUCCUCAGCCAGCAUAUCGCGGACUUCCAUCAGCAGAUACGACUCUUCGUUCCGCUACACGGGGAGUCCAGACAGCCUGCGUUCCCGCGCUCCCAUGAUCACCCCCGACCUGGAGAGUGGCGUGAAGGUGUGGCACUUGGUGAAGAACCACGAGCACGGAGAUCAGAAAGAAGGCGAUCGCGGCAGCAAGAUGGUUUCAGAGAUUUAUCUGACCCGGCUACUGGCCACCAAGGGCACGCUACAAAAGUUUGUCGAUGAUUUAUUCGAGACGCUGUUCAGCACCGUCCACCGGGGGAGCACUCUUCCUCUGGCCAUCAAAUACAUGUUUGACUUCCUGGACGAGCAGGCGGACAAGCACGGCAUUUAUGACACGGACGUCCGCCACACGUGGAAAAGCAACUGUCUUCCGCUCCGUUUCUGGGUGAACGUGAUAAAAAACCCGCAGUUUGUGUUCGACAUCCAUAAGAGCAGCAUCACAGACGCCUGUCUAUCUGUAGUCGCUCAGACCUUUAUGGAUUCCUGCUCCACUUCAGAGCACCGCCUGGGAAAAGACUCCCCAUCAAACAAGCUGCUCUACGCUAAAGAUAUCCCCAAUUAUAAGAGCUGGGUAGAAAGGUACUAUGCUGACAUCAGCCGGCUGCCAGCCAUUAGUGACCAGGACAUGAACGCCUAUUUGGCAGAGCAGGCCAGACUCCACUCCACAGAGUUCAACAUGCUGAGCGCGCUCAACGAGAUCUACUCGUACGUCAGCAAGUACAGCGAGGAGAUCACCGCGGCGCUGGACCAGGACGAGCAGGCCAGGAAGCAGCGCCUGGCCUACAAGGUGGAGCAGCUCAUCUCCGCCAUGUCUCUGGAGAGCUGAGGCCGGCCCCCCCUUUUCCGUGAGGGAGGAGGGGACCGUGGGGACCGCCAGGACCCGCAGAACGGGUCGUAACUUACCUCUCAUCGUGGGACCUGCAACCGCGAGCCACACCCCCAAGGACCUCGACGUCGACAGCCGGACGGACAUGCAGCCGCUCUCAUUUUCAACCACCUCUUCAUCCUUGCCGGCCGGGAAACGGCGGCGCAGAGACAGGAAAGCGGCAUGUGAAACAUCCUCCGAAGGAAAGAGACGAACCAGCAGACGGCUACGAUUGCAUUCAGAUUUUUAUUUUUCUACGCUGCACAUUUAAAAAAAAAAACAAUCAGUUGUGAUAUAUCCGCCGCCGCUGGACAAAGUCACAUGGCGGCAAAAACAAACUCUCCUGGCGAUCCGUGUCUUCUCUCCUUCCCCCUUCGGUUCACUUCACUCCGACCAAACUGCUGCUCUGCAUUCAAUCAAACCUGUACAGGACAAGCCGGAACGUCUUCAGAGAGGGGGGAGGAGCUUGCAGGAGGGGGUGCCAAAGGCGUCGUCCUGCCGCCGGGUCAUCCGGGUUCGGUUUGACAAUUGCCAAUAAAUGUACGUGAAUGUACUUUUUUUUUCUUGUUUUGCAGCAAACGUUGCUUCAGUUGAGCUGAGCAGUGUAGAUAUUUAUAGCCGAUGUGAAGAACUUCCUAACUCUGGCUCCAGUUGUGGUUUUUCUUUUACACUUGUACCAGAGGAGGCGUGACUCUUUUCUCUUUUUAUCUGUCCGCGAUAUCCUUAUCGAGUUUAAGGUUGGAACGACUUCCUCUGUGCGUUUGGAUCGACUCGGUGCCAAAAACAUCCGAUUCUUUCACGUCCCUCCCGGACUGGUGUAAACCGGUUCUUGCUUUACAUGUUUUGCCUGGUGGAGGCGGGAAAAGUGAAAGGUGGAAGUAGAAGUUUGUUAAAGGCGACCGGAUCUUCCAGACCAAACUGCAGGUGGCUCCGCCUCCUCGGCUGCAUUCAUUUCCUUCCUGUUGGUCUUUGCUUUAAUCAAAAUACUUGAACUGGGUUUAUUUUGAGAGUUCGUACGUCAUGCUGCAGUUGUGCUUGUGUUCUCCGAGGCCUUAGAGACCCGCCCACUUAGAGUCCUGAAUCUCAAUGGGGAAGCUCCUUUCUGUGAAACACCUUCCCAGACGAAGAAAGAGGAAAGGGGGAGGUCGUUUGUCCUCGCAACUUGAUCUUUCGUUUGAAAAGAGGAGCUAACUACAGAAGCUAGCUACAGAAGCUAGCUACAGAAGCUAUCCUAAAACGCUAGAGAACCCGUCAGCUAGUCGCUUUACAGCCGCUCUUUGAUCUAAGGCGGUUGAACACGUGAGAGAAGAGUAACCAACCGGCGAGGAAAAAUGUGGGUGUCCUACCAGCAGGGGGCAGCAGAAGGGGUUACCAAAUUACCAUUGACUGUUUUAGAGAACUGGACUUAGGGCUCUGCUACCUUUUUUUUUAAUGUGUUCUUGCUAAUAUAAUUUUUAUUUCAAGUUAUUUAGGUAAUAAACUGACCAAUCAGAUGUCUCUAUAGAAGGUUGUCUCACAUCGAACAUUUGUAAGAUUUGAUUGACAGAUUUUAGUGCUAGGGGUGGAGCUUUCCAACAAGCCCCCUCCUGAUUGGCUAUAGUGGUUGUCAUAGAAACGUUGACUCUGUGUUACGGCCCUGAGUCGUUUUUGUCUCUUUUUUCUGUUGCCUGCCCUGUGCAGGUGUUUUGGCAUCUGGGAGCUCUGGAUAAAAAUCUGCCUUAGGACCUCAGAACGAGGCUACUUCUGGGACUUCCUGUCGGGUUCAGCGCCAUCGCUGAAGCUCUGGUUCAUCUCUGCGUCCUCCCUGCUCUCCAGUCUUGUCUCCCUGCUAGUCUUUAGGCACAUUAAAGUAGUUUAAGUGCUAAAACCGGUUUCCUCUCACCGUUUAUUUGAUACAGUCUAGGGCCAGUCGUAACAAAUUGGGGGGCUCGUCCGGGAUCCAGGUCCAGUCGUAGCACUCGGACUGACUAGAACCAGUUGCUACUAACUGACUCAGUUUAGUUUCAAUGUGAUGGCAUCUGUAUUGAGAAAAAAUAGCAACUGAAUUAACUUAACAAUGGUUUGAUGCCAUUUUCUACAGAUGAUGUCACACUCACUCAGUCCAGUUCUCACGUACAGUCAAUGGGAAGUACAGUUUCUAGCUAUGGCAUCUGCAACUAAUAUUUUGCGACAAAAUGACUAAAUCUUCCAAAAGCAACACUUUCAGAUGUUACCAUCGCUGUGCGCCAGAUGCCCCGCCCACUUACCCAAUCAGAAAAGUAGCACCCAGCCUCCUCUAUUUAUGCCUUUAGUUUUAUGGUUACGAAACAUUUUGGGCUUAAACAACAUUUCCUGUUACAUUCUAUUUAUGCAACUUUAAGGAACACCACAGUUAUGACCAGAGAUCUGCAGCUUUCCUCUCAAAGGGACACAGUGAUGCACACAAACAGAGCAAAGCUUCUUCCUGUCCAUGAAGGCGUCUUCCCAAAUUCAGCGAAUGGAAUUGUAUCUUCCUCAUACCUCACUGAGCUCGCAUGGAGUUGAGGGUUUCGUCACUCCAACGGGACCUCAACUCUUUGUUGUUUUUCUCGCUUGUCCCUGUCUGAUAGAUUUCCUGUAAAGCAGGACGCCAAAUCCUUUGCAUCUUUUAAACUUUUAUUUUGUGCAUGCAGUUUACUUCCUGCUUUUGCCCCGCCCACUAUCGAUCCGUGCCAAAAUCUAAUCAGACGACAGUUCUUCCAUUUGGAAAAUGUCUUAGAUCAAACCUGAAAGCACCUUUUUUUGUUUUUUUUUUUUUUUUGAAAAAGAGAUUUGCGUGUGUGUGUGUGUGUUGCUUGUUUGUGUUUCCACAAUUAAUUGUGAAACCUAUUUUUAUUUAAUUUAAAUAGAAACAGAAUAAAAAGAAAGCUGGUUCCUCUUCGUUCCUUCUGCAGAGCAGAAUCACGUUUUUAACAGUUGAGACGAGGAGAAAAGACUCAGAAAAAACUCCCACCUCAUUCCAAACCAACAUCUUUGCUGAAUGGAAAUUGCUCGGCACUUUUAUGCUUCCAGCAGAAACGUUGUGUGUUUUUUAUUUUUGAAGUUUUUCCUCACAUAAAUCCUGCGUCGUUUCUGCCUGUUCGAUUGCUCGCUUCUCGCCAUCAGACAGAAGAAGUGAACUGACCAUCAGCAUAUUACUCUCAGUAUAAAAUGAGACCCCUCCCCUUCAAUUGACCCCGCCCCCCCUGUAAAGAAACCCUUUGUAGACACUGGAGUACUGUAAAAUAAUAGAUACUGACAAUGGUGAUGAUGAUAAUAAUACUGGCUGUCUGUUUUUUGUUUUAUAAAAGUGUUGUGAAAAUUGUAAGAAAGUAUUUAAAAAAAAGUUGUGUUUUUUUAUUUGCUUUGAUUAUUAAUUAUAUAUUAUUGUGUACUUAUUGUAAAUAUGAAGCACACCUAUUUUGCAAGCCAAGGAUUCUCUUUGUACUGUUGUUAUAUAUAAAUAAACUUUGCUGGGUAAAAAAA